AUGGCGCUGGCCGCGAUCUUGGCCGUCGGGACGAGCCUCGGCGCCGGCCUCCGCGUGCUCUGCCUUCCCGACGACGACGCCCGCUACGACCUGACGACGACCACGAAGCGCGAGCGGCAGCUAAAGACGACGGCGAGCUGCUCCGUGUGCUCGGCGUCGAUCGACCCGACGCUCGUCGCGCUCUCGUCCGGGCUCUGCGUUCCGUGCAGCUACAAGACGAUUCCGAUGCUGGACGACGAUACGACCGAGCAAGGCGAGUACUCGGACCCGGGUGGGAUGGACGUCGACCUCGCCGACAUUGUCGACCCAGCGUGCGACGCGGCGGACGAAGCCUUGGCGCUGCUCCAGGACGUGCUCGACGUCGUGGAGCGCGUGCCCGCGAUGGGUGCCGACGUCGAUAGCCUCCUCGCGAGUGUUCGCGACUUGUUGCGCUUGAUAGAAUCCGACCACCGCGCUGUCGUUGGGACGCUCCACGAUAUCUCGCAGGCGCUGGCGUCGCUCGCCGAAUGCGUUCCGGUCGAGUGGCAAGACCAUGUCGAGAUGCUCGAGAUGAACGACAGCGAUGGCCGUCGGCGGCUUUGCUUGGCCGGCACGCUCCACCACCUCGUGGCCUGCGCCAAGCGGUAUGGCCUCGAGAGCCACCGGUCGUCCGUGAUCAUGAACGACCUCGAAAUCAUCGCCGAGACCAUUGAAGAGGCGCCAAGCGAACUCGUACACGGGCUCGACUACUUUGCCAAGACGCUGGAUGCGCUGCACGAGUACGAAGCCGCGCUCACCGAGGCCGGGCAGUGGCCCAGCGUCCUCGAGUGUACGGACGCGCUCGAGUCCCUUACGCUCGACGUGGGCAUUCUCUACGGUGACUGGCCCGUGUGA